AGGAGGCCCGGCUGGACGCUUGCAGGCGCGCCGACGAAAGUCAUGGUGGAGACGUCCGAUAUCGUCAGCAGCCUGACGGUGCCAUGAGAGUGUGUCAGUGUCUGGAGGUGCAGUCAGCAUACUUGCAGCGGUCAGAAGAAGGUAACAGCGGAACGUGAAGCACGAUAUGGAUAAGUCAAUGGCGAGCAAAAAGGUACCCGCUGUAACAGUGGUGGGUAUGGCUAAAGAUGUAAAAGAUCAGCACAUGUACAGAUGUGACGUGGUAGGUCGAGGUAGGGUGCCGGUGACGACGAUGACGAGAAUGACGGAAAUGACGAUGAAGAUGGGUAUCAGGAGGGGCCGAAGUGACAUGGCUGCCGGCGCCGGUGGUUGGUGGUUAGUGGUUGGUGGUAGUAUCGUGGUAGUGGUGGUGGUGAUGAUGGAGCUGGAAAGAGAUUGGUGGUGAAAGCAAGGGAAGAUUAUUCAUUACAGUACGAAUUACUAUUAUUACGGCAGACCACGUUGCCUG